UGAGGCGACGGUCGCCGCAGCCCCGGGAGCCCUCUGCAGCAAUGAGGCCCGCCCGAGGCCCGGCCGGUGAGCGGGAUUCCCUUCGCGCGUCCUGCGGCCGCGAGAGAUGAAGGCCGCCCCCGGGGGGCUCUGAUUCCCGGCGUGCCCACGUGCCCACGCCCCCCGCCGCGUGCCCCUCACCAUGACCGGCUCCGCCGCCGACACUCACCGCUGCCCCCAUCCCAAAGGUGCCAAAGGCACCCGGUCCCGGAGCAGCCACGCGCGGCCCGUGAGCCUCGCCACCAGCGGGGGCUCGGAGGAGGAGGACAAAGACGGCGGGGUGCUGUUCCACGUGAACAAGAGCGGCUUCCCGAUCGACAGCCACACCUGGGAGAGGAUGUGGCUGCGUGUCGCUAAGGUCCACCCCAAAGGGGGAGAGAUGGUGGGCGCCAUCAGAAACGCUGCCUUCCUGGCUAAGCCUUCAGUUCCCCAGGUCCCAAACUACAGGCUGUCCAUGACGAUCCCAGACUGGCUCCAGGCCAUCCAGAAUUACAUGAAGACACUACAAUACAAUCAUACAGGGACCCAGUUCUUUGAAAUCAGGAAAAUGAGGCCUCUGAGCGGGCUAAUGGAAACGGCGAAAGAGAUGACCCGAGAGUCCUUGCCUAUCAAAUGCCUUGAGGCAGUCAUCCUGGGCAUCUACUUAACCAACGGCCAGCCUUCCGUCGAGCGGUUCCCCAUCAGCUUUAAAACCUACUUCUCAGGAAACUACUUUCACCACGUCGUGCUGGGGAUUUACCACAACGGCUACUACGGCUCCCUGGGCAUGAGCCGAAGGGCCGAGCUGAUGGACAAGCCGCUCAUCUUUCGGACCCUGAGCGACCUUGUCUUUGACUUUGAAGACUCCUAUAAGAAGUACCUGCACACAGUCAAGAAGGUCAAGCUCGGGCUGUACGUGCCGCACGAGCCUCACAGCUUCCAGCCCAUUGAGUGGAAGCAGCUUGUCCUCAACGUCUCCAAGAUGCUGCGGGCUGACAUCAGGAAGGAGCUGGAGAAGUACGCCAGGGACAUGCGGAUGAAGAUCUUGAAACCGGCAAGUGCCCACUCUCCAACCCAAGUGAGAAGCCGGGGGAAAUCCCUGUCUCCCCGAAGGAGACAAGCAAGCCCUCCAAGGAGGCUCGGCAGGCGAGACAAGUCGCCUGCUCUAUCUGAGAAGAAGGUGGCUGACCUCAGCACUCUGAACGAAGUGGGCUAUCAGAUCCGGAUCUAGCCAGGCCAGGCCGGCAAGGUGUCUAUGGUGCUCUUUUCUGCUUUCUCCAGCAGCUUCAGGAGGAGCUGCAAGUAUUCCUGAAGAACUUGUGCAGUGUCCAUUUUGAAGGCUUUGCCUGGAGAUAGAGUCCGAGUGGGUGGAAGCAGUGAGCUUUGACAAACUCACCAGGCAGCAGGCAUGACUGAUGUGAUGGACAAACCCUGGGUUGACUGUCUGCCUCACUCAGGAGCUCAAGGACAACGUUCACUGUAGUUUCUAUUUUUCCAUUUGCUGACUGUUCACUUGCUCCGGACUCUGUGCCUCAGCUGUAGUAAACGUUAUGGAGUUCUUUCCUGCUUUUUGGUACAGUAGGUCACUCAGUCAGUAUUCCCGUCUUCUCAGCAAUAACAGGCAGCAGUGGGUGGGUUUAAGCAGUGGAUAUUACCUCAACAUUUUGGCAUCAGAUAUGCAAUCUUAAUGGGUUUUUAUAUUCUAUUUGUAUUGUUUUCCUAGUGUUUCCUAUAGGGAUUUUGAUGGUUUGGAGGUUUUUUUGUUGUUGUUUUUCUGGUACACACAUGAGAUUUAAGGUGUUAUAUAUGCAAAUGCUUUAGGAAAAAAAAGCACCAUAAUUCCGGCAAUAAGGAAAAGUUUCAGGAAGUUGGAGUCAAUUUUCUUAAAGCAUCUGCUGGGUGUUAUUCUUUAAACAAGCGUGUUAUGUACGAAACUCUAGUCCAUGAUCCGUCACUAACAUUUAAGCCUUUUCUGAGUCCAGCAAAAAGCACAAGAGGCCGCACCCUGAAGAAAAUGCAGCAGUGUCGAGGUUUCCUCAGACAAGAAGGCAGACGGUAGGGGUCACCCUCCUGCUCACGUUUGAUAGCCUUGGUUCUGAAUGGCUCUGUUGUUAGUGUCUUGCUGUCUUACAUUAAGGCAACUGUGAUGACGGACUCUUCCCAGUAGUUGGUUUUUUAGGCACCACUUCAUGGCAUGAGGAAAACCUAGGGGAAACCAUGACCUCAAGGAGGCCUUAAAGGAAAAGUUCCAGUGCAGUGCUGUGCCUCAGUGUGACCCAGGCCCUGAAGCAGAGUCAGCCUGCCUGUGGCCAGUGCAGUGCAGUUUCUGCUUGCAGACAGGAAGGAAGCAUGCAGACGGCUACUGAUCCGGAGCAUCUACAGAUGCCACAGAUCUGCAGCCGUCGUGCCAGCGCAGGAAACCGGGUGACCGACUCCAGCUGACUGGCUAGUCCUGAGAGCUAAGCAUGUUCCCUCUGGUUGUGACUUGGGGGUUCUAAGAAGUUAACCAUCUGCUCACUGAGUCCACACCAGGAAAAGCCAGGGCCACAUGGAAGGCAAAAGUCAUGUACACAAAACCCGCUCCACCCGAAAGCCAGCAUUAGUAACUGAAAAGCUGUGUUCUUGGUGAAGUUUAGUGUCCUUUAGAGAUCAGGACCAGAAAAUUCAAACUCCGUGUAAGCUUCAAAUUCUGAACUCAGUCGCUCUCUUCGAGAGUCCUGUUAGCAGAGUUCAAGGUAGUUCUGGGGCUUGCCUAUGCUGGAAGCUGCUCUACUUUCACAUCCAGCAUCAACAGCAGCACCCUCCCUCCAGGUGCUCGAAGGCCUCGAGGCCGUGUGCAGCCACCCCCUCAAAUCCGCCCCAAGUCCUGGUAAGUGGACUGAUCAGAACUUGGCUGGGCCAAGUGCCUGCAGCUGGCUGUAUUCAAGGACAGCUGACACCAACAGCGCCAAGCAGUGCCAACCUUGAGCUAAGGCAGGGGAAAGAACAGCACCCAGCUGUGACACUGUCAUCUAACCUUGUCCACGACUACUUUCUGAUUUUUAGACUCAUUUUCCAAAGCAAGGUUAGGCACAGAAACACUUAAACUGCUCUUCAUCACUCAACGUUACUGCCCGUAGUUACACUAACUUCUAAAAACAGAAGGAAACCUGAAACACCAAAAUCUAAUGCAAUUGUUUAACGAACACCAUGGCAAAGAUGAGCCCAGCAAGUUUUGCCUCUCCAGACUGGCCUCUCAGCCUGCCUGUGGUUGAGAAGAAAACUAUGGCAAGUCUCACGAUGACCACUGUUGACUGUGAAAGGUGACCCAGGUGUUUUCUAUGCACGACGACCAUGGGGUGUCCCUUUCCCUGAGUCAGAAUUUUGAGGGUUUCCUUGGCAGACAGCGGUAAACCCAGGGAAGCCUCUGCGCCCUGCAGCUCACCGAAUAAGGCUUUCGUAUGCUAGACUUUGAUGUACAACCUUGUACAGUUUUUUUGACAUUCAAUUCAGAUUCUUGUUUAUUCUCUUAGACUUUGUUCUGGUCAAUACAUUUUUUAAAAAUAUUUCAGAAAAACCGUGACUGUUUUAGUGGGUAUUUUUCUAAGUACAUGAAGACUUGGAGCAUUCUACAGACUGCCAGAAUUCUAGACUGCCAGGAGAGCAUGCUUCAGGCUCGCAUUUCUCUCAUCACGUGUUCGUGCACAGCAUGGAAGUGUAAUAAAGCCAUUCUGGAAACUGAA